CUGACUCGAAUAACAGACAGAGAGAGACGGAGAGAGAGAGAGGGGUUGUUCUACAACCCUUGUCUGCUACACCUUCCUUGUUCUUUGUUUUCUUAUUUUUCAUCUCCAUUUCAAGAGAUUUGGUCUCAUCUCAUCUCCCUAUAGGCAGAUUUUGGGGCUAGGGUUCAAAAAUCGAAUCGAACCAAGUAGUGUGCUGAAUAUCGAUCAACGUUUUUUUCUUUGUUCUGGCCAGAAGAUAAAAUCUUCUCUUCAAUCCUUUGUGGGUUUGAACAGUGAUUCUGUUGUUGACUUUUUCUACAAUACAACUCUCUGUUUACAGUACAGAAGUACUUGUUGGUUUGUUUCUUUCUUUCACUCUCAUUGUUCAAAGGGGCAUAUAUAUUGCUUAUAAGGAUGUCUGUAACAGCAGGUGUUAGUGAUACUGUUAUUGCCAUUAGGGAUAAACUUAGAGGAAAAAUUGGCCAAACAAAAGUCAAAAGGUAUUGGCCUGGUAAAGCUCCUGAAUGGGCUGAUGAUGUCGAUGAAGAUGGGGAUAUUAGAGUGGCCAGGGUAGUUGCAUUGGAGAAAGCUUUCCCUAGUCAGGAAGAUUCUGGCACUGUGAGGCGGGAUGAUCCUAGGCUGCGUCGUCUGGCUGAGAGUAGGAUAGAUAAUCGCGAAGAAAUUAGAGCUGACCAUAGGCGCAUUCGACAAGCUGAGAUUGUUUCGACAAUAGAAGAGGAAACCAAAAGACAAGAAGGAUUAGAUUUAGAGGAAGAGGAUGAAAAUGCUUUGGAGGAAAGGAGGAGGAGACUUAGGGAGAAGUUGCUUCAGAGGCAGCAGGAAGAAGCUGCACUUCUUCCAGACGAAGAAGAGGAUGAAAUAGAGGAUGAGGAGGAAGAGGAGUCUGAAUACGAGACUGAUUCAGAGGAUGAACUAACGGGUCCGGCAUUGGUGAAGCCUGUCUUCGUUCCAAAAUCAGAAAGAGACACCAUAGCUGAGCGUGAGAGGCUUGAGGCAGAAGAACGAGCUCUUGAGGAAUUAGUUAAGAAGCGAUUAGAAGAAAGAAGGGUGGAGACAAAGCAAAUAGUGGUUGAGGAGAUUCGGAAGGAUGAAGAAAUUCAGAAGAAUUUGGAUUUGGAGGCUAAUGCUGCUGAUGUAGAUACUGAUGAUGAAGUCAAUGAGGCAGAGGAAUAUGAGGCGUGGAAGGCCAGAGAGAUUGCAAGGAUCAAGAGGGAUAGGGAGGCCCGAGAGGCAAUGUUGAAGGAGAAGGAAGAGAUUGAAAAGGUGAGGAACAUGACCGAGGAAGAGAGGAGGGAGUGGGAGAGGAAGAAUCCAAAACCUGCACCCCAGUCCAAGCAGAAGUGGAGGUUCAUGCAGAAAUACUACCAUAAGGGUGCUUUCUUUCAGUCAGAUGCGGAUGACCAUGCUGCAACUGCUGGGUCAGAUGAUAUAUACAGACGUGAUUUCUCUGCACCAACUGGAGAAGAUAAGAUGGACAAGACCAUACUACCUAAAGUCAUGCAAGUCAAACACUUUGGUCGUAGUGGGAGGACGAAAUGGACCCAUCUUGUUGGCGAGGAUACAACUGAUUGGAACAAUCCGUGGACAUACAAUGAUCCUCUUCGGGCCAAGUACAAUGCUAAAAUGGCAGGAAUGAACGCCCCUAUAGCAAAACCCAAAGGAAGCAAGAAGCUCAAGGAUUGGGAGUCUCGGUGAAGCGAAAAUGUUUCUUGUGCUGUCAAAGCACCCAUUGAAGUCCUUAACUUCCUUUCUCUAUGUUGUUUUUUAAUUGGAUAUAGGCUUUUACUUUGUUAGCCCUAUUAAUGUGUAAUAGUAAUAUGUUUUUCAAGUAUCUAACAUAAAUAUAAUAGGUCUUACAAUCUAAACUAAUGAGAAUAAAGGAAACGUGACAGUACCACUUGAUGCCUUCCUUUAUUCUAAUUAGUUUAGAUUGUAGGACCUAUUAUAUUUAUGUUAGGUACUUGGGAACACGAGGGGAUUAGAUAGUUUAUGAUUGGUUAAAAGGUACCCAAUGGCAUGCCAAGGGAUGCAUGGUCUGAAGACAGAUUAAAUGAAUUAUUAUUUUUUUUAUAAAAUAUAUAUUUUAACGUAAAA